AUGUCAGGAAACAAUGAAGCAGGCCCAUCAACCUCCGUCCCCUCUUUCCCCUCAGGAGGGAACGACAGUGGAAUCCCCGUGCAACCAUCAAAAAUAGCCAAGAACGCCAGGCUGCCUGCUACCAUGAUCAACCCUUCUGGACAGGUUCAGAAGUCGCAGAAGAAGAAUUCGAAGAAUAAACAGGUAUCGAAGAAGCAGAAAGCAAGGAAUGAAAAGGGAAAAGAAAGGGCGAUAGAGUUGAGUGAGAAAUUGGGCAACAAAGUGAAGGAGAGAGAGGAGAAAAAGGCAAAGAGACAGAGAGCCAAGAAGGCAUGGGAGUGA